AUGGUUUCCGGACGAGCAUUACAUUUUGUCUUCAAAGUUGCCGAUAGAACACUGACUGCUAAAUUUUACCGUGAUGUCCUGGGAAUGAAGGUUCUUCGCCAUGAAGAAUUCUCUGAAGGAUGUGAGGCAGCAUGUAAUGGACCAUAUGCAAACAGAUGGAGUAAGACUAUGGUGGGAUAUGGUCCAGAAGACAACCACUUUGUAGUUGAACUCACAUAUAACUAUGGUAUUACACAUUAUGAAAUGGGAAAUGAUUUCAUUGGUAUUACAAUUCAGUCCAGUGAAAGCCUAAAGAGGGCAGCAGCUACAAACUGGCCAGUAAAGGAACAAAAUGGGUUGAAGUAUGUUGAAGCACCUGGAGGUUACAAAUUCUAUAUUAUUGAUAAGCCCCAGCCAGUUGACAAGGAUCCUGUUGUCAAAGUAUCACUAGCAAGUUCAAAUUUAGCAAAAUCAAUAGCGUACUGGAACGGUUUACUUACAUUGAAGAUUUUUGAGAAAACAGAUAAAUCUGCUACUCUAGGUUUCAGCGACGAUCAAUCAAAACUGGAAUUGAUUGAUAUUGGUACCCCAGUAGACCACGCGAAGGCAUACGGCCGUAUUGCGUUCUCCUGCCCAUUUGAGGAGCAGCCAAUCAUUGAUCAAAAGAUCCAAGAAGCGAAGGGCAAGAUUUUAACACCCUUAAUUUCCCUGGAUACCCCCGGGAAAGCCACUGUUAGAGUCAUUAUCCUGGCGGACCCUGAUGAUCACGAGAUUUGCUUCGUUGAUGAUGAGAGCUUCCGUCAGCUGUCCCAAGUUGAUCCUAACAGUGACGCCGACUUAGAUAAGUACAUUAAAUCUGAUAAAUCUAGAGCGUAA